GGCGGACGAGGCGACCAAUGAGCGCAGAGCCGGGGCGGGGCCGGCGGAGUAGGUGAGCUGUAAUGAGACUCGGUGUAAUCAGUGUCAUGUCGGACCCGAACACGGCGCAACAAAAUGGCGGCGGAAUUGUAACGGGCUUUCUCGGAACCGGGUUGACUUGAGAUUAUGUUUUAUGACGUGGAUUUACUGUAUUCCAGCUGUGUCUUUUGAUGUGACUGCUCUUGCCGGAUUUGUCCUCUGAAGAUGGAUGUGUGUGACCUGUUACCGAACACAACAUAGGAGUCGGCUGAUUGUUGCUUGGAUGUUUAUUGUGGUACACGGAUGACCUCUAUGGGUUUCAUCUGGCUUUUGGAUACAGUUUUUCAACCAUGGUAAAACUUGCAAACCCUCUGUACACGGAGUGGAUUUUGGAAGCCAUACAAAAGGUAAAAAGACAAAAACAGCGUCCUUCGGAAGAACGGAUUUGUCAUGCAGUGUGUGUAUCCCAUGGUCUUGAUAAAAGGCUUGUAUUUGAGCAGCUUGAACUCAGUGUACAGGAUGGCUCCAUUCUCAAGAUUAACAACAGAGGUGUGGUUUCAUACAAAGAUCCAGAAAACCCUGGGCGCCUUGCCAAUGUUAGCCCUGAUCCUCUACCUAAAGCAGCCAAAGUCCAGCGAGCUGUAAGUACUGAUCUGCGCACUGUGGACUGGAAUAAACUCCUUCGUAGGGCACUGGAAGGCCUUCAAGAAAACAAUGGCUCCUCGCUUAAGAAUAUUGAGAAAUAUUUGCGUAGCCAGAAUGAUUUGGUUGGAAUUGUGGCAAAUCCCAUUUUCCAGAGGAGGCUGCGUCUAGCAGCCAAGCGGGCUGUUAACAGCGGGAGGCUAAUGAAAGAUGGCCCACAUUAUAGGAUUAACUAUGGAGGAUCAGAAGGGAAAGGAGUAUCCAAAUAUUCUUCCUCUUCCAUGCUUCCUCUAGUCGGUCUCCUUCCUCAUGAGAAGGAUCAGCCAAGAGCAGAUCCCAUUCCCAUCUGUAGUUUCUGUCUUGGGACAAAGGAAUCCAACCGAGAGAAGAAACCUGAAGAGUUGAUCUCAUGUGCGGACUGUGGGAGCAGUGGUCACCCAUCGUGUUUAAAAUUCUGUCCAGAGCUCACCUCUAAUGUAAAAGCACUGAGGUGGCAGUGCAUCGAAUGCAAAACUUGCAGUGCCUGUAGGAUUCAAGGCAAAAAUGCAGAUAAUAUGCUUUUUUGUGACUCUUGUGAUCGAGGAUUUCACAUGGAAUGCUGUGACCCACCUCUGGCCCGCAUGCCAAAGGGAAUGUGGAUUUGUCAUGUCUGCCGGCCAAAGAAAAAGGGUCGUAAAAUCAUUCAAGAGAAAGCUGCACAGAUCAAGAGGCGAUACGCAAAACCCAUUGGCCGACCAAAAAACAAACUAAAGCAACGCAUGUUGUGUAUGCCCAAUGAUGGAACAUCUGUGAACUCAUUACCAGGAAGGGGGCCAUCCGGUAGGAUUCAAAAAAAUAAAAUGUGUCCCACCACACUGCCAUCUGGUCAUGCUGCAUCGGACCCCAUCAGCAGCCUGGCUGCGUCUGACCUCAUUUGGCCUGGCCCCCAUCCCAUCACUUCCACCUUCACUUCCACCUGUUCCCCUCUCAAAGUUAACAGGAAAACCAAAGGGCUAAUUGACGGCCUCACUAAGUUUUUCACUCCAUCACCUGAGGGACGCAAAUUUCGCAGGCGAAUGGUAGACUUUUCUGUGCACUACCGUCCCAGGAAAAAACAUAAUGACCCAGACUCUUGCACUCUCCAUAGGCUGGCAACGAGUACCACUCAUGGGCUAGGCAGCCCUCCUCUUCCCUCACAACUUGUUCCCCCACCUGCUCACUCACAAAUCUCUUCCCUUUCUGGCUACAGCCCUACCUCACAGCAAUCCAGCAACUCUACCACGUCUAAUUCACCCCAGAGUUCUUCAAGUCACUCCAGUGCCCCAUCACUCAGAAGCCUACCUAGUAACAGUCAGUUGAAGGGGCUGUUUGAUGGACUGUCCCAUAUCUAUGCUACUCAGGGCCAGCCACGCCAAAAAAGCCACCCAAGCUAUGCACCUCCAAAGCGCCUUCGCCAAAAAGGCAGACUGUACACCUCAACCCACUACUUUGGCAAAAGGGACGCAAGGAGUAGGCUCCUUCUUUCCCACUCCAGCCCUCCAAGUUGGGCAGUGCCUCGGGCAUUGAAAGCCUUUGCUCAGUACAAGCGCUCCUCAUUCUUUAUAAAACACAGGACAAUAGGCAGGUUAAAGUACAAAGUGGGACCUAUAGGGGCGGGAGCCAGGACACCAGGAAAGGUCAGCUUGGCAGACAGAAGGACUAGGAGCGACCAGGAUGAUGAUGCUGACUUGAAGAUGAAUAUCAAGCAAGAAAGAUGGGAUUUGAUCUGUGUUCCAGAAAGGCCGGAGUUUGUCUCUGAAGAAGAUGUUGACCUUUUCAGACAAGCACGGGAACUGUCCUUUGAGAAAAUAGGUUGCCAAACAUUUGAUGACCACACUGGACGCUACCCUUCAGUUAUUGAGUUUGGAAAGUUUGAAAUCCAGACGUGGUACUCCUCGCCUUAUCCACAGGAAUAUGCAAGAUUACCAAAGCUUUACCUGUGCGAGUUCUGUCUGAAGUAUAUGAAGAGCAAGACUAUCCUACUGCGGCAUUUAAAGAAGUGUGGCUGGUUCCACCCUCCUGCCAAUGAAAUUUACCGGAAAGACGACUUGUCAGUGUUUGAGGUGGAUGGUAACAUAAGUAAAAUCUACUGCCAAAAUUUGUGUUUGCUGGCAAAGCUGUUUCUGGAUCACAAAACAUUAUAUUAUGACGUUGAGCCAUUCCUUUUUUAUGUUCUUACUAAAAAUGACAAUAAGGGCUGUCAUUUGGUUGGAUAUUUCUCUAAGGAGAAACUUUGCCAGCAGAAGUACAAUGUGUCAUGUAUCAUGAUUUUGCCUCAGUAUCAGCGGCAGGGAUUUGGAAGGUUCCUCAUUGACUUCAGUUACUUGCUUUCACGGUGUGAGGGACAGGCGGGCUCUCCAGAAAAACCUUUGUCAGAUUUGGGCCGUUUAUCUUAUUUCUCAUACUGGAAAAGUGUUGUUAUAAACUAUCUGUCCACUCAUCAUGAGAAACAGAUCAGUGUGAAAGGGCUUAGUCGAGCUACAGGAAUGUGUCCUCAUGACAUUGCCACCACCUUGCAGCAUCUCAACAUGAUAGACAAGAGAGGUGACAGGUUUGUUGUUGUUCGACGUGAAAAGUUAUUGACAAGUUUUAUGGCCAAAGUAAAAACUCGGGAUCAGAUAAAUGAGGUUGACCCUGACUGUCUCAGGUGGACGCCAGUCAUUUCGUCUAACUCUGCAGUGUCUGAAGAUGAACAUGAUUCUGAAAAGGAGGCAGAACAUCUCAUGGAGCAAGAAAGCUGUAGGGAGCAAGAACACCAGCACUUUUACUCACAAUCGCACUCAAAGCAGUCCCCAUCACAGGAUGAGGCUCUUAGCACCUGCUUGUUUCCCGCAGCAGAAGCCCCAGCAACUUUAGAGAAGGAAAAGACCAUAAAGCACAACCAGAAAAGCUGCGAGGAUGAAGAACCGCAUCUAGAAGUUACACCAAUGCUUACCAAACCACAGACACUUGCAGUGAAGAGAAAGAAUGCCUUCACCCCUAGAAGAAGACGUGGAAGGAAACGGCGUAGAAUUAACAGUAGUGUCACUACAGAGACUAUCUCUGAGACCACUGAAGUGCUAAAUGAGCCAUUUGAAGACUCUGACAGGAGCAGCCCUGAGCCGCAGCAAAAGGAAGUAAACCAGAAAGAAACCAAUGAUAGAAGAGCCAACCAACAUCCGGUUCCCAACAGUACGACAACCAAAGGACGUAACAAAAUGGAAGAGCCAUGUGCAAAUCAUGUAGAAGAGCCCUUACCAGAGAAUUUGGUUAACAAUAAAGUUCCUGAAAAAAAUGUGCGUCAGCCUGUACGAAAACAGGGGUGGCCUAAAGGAGUUAAGAGAGGCCCUUCUAAGAGAAAGCAUAGUGUGGAUAGAAAAGCUGGCUUUAAACUUAACCUCUAUACGCCUCCGGAGACACCUAUGGAGCCUGAUUAUCAGGUCCAAACUGAGGAGCCUAAAGAGGAGGCUGAAGUUGAACCUGAAGCUCAUCACGCAGACCUCUUGCAAGCCGCUGAAGAAAAUGAAACUCAAGUUGAAGAGGCAAGAGACUCUUUUGUAGAGCUACCAAGUCCAAGUAGCACCAGUCUGGAAAAAACAGAUGAAGAAAAGAAAGACUUUGAUGAUAUAAGACCAGAAGAUAAAAAAGAUAAAGAGGAUCAAGAAAAAGACAAAGCGAACGAUGAAAAGGUCAAAACAGUAGAGGAAGAUGAAAAAGAUGAUGUAGAAGAAGGUGAAAAAGACAAUUUAGAAGAUGAAGAUGAAAAAGAUGAAGAGGAAGAUGAUAAAAAAGAUGAGGCUGAAGAGGAAGAUGAAAAAGAUGAUGCAGAAAAGGACAUUCAGAAAGUAGAAGUAGAUGGAAUCCAGGGGGAGGAGGAAGAGAUAAAGCAAGAGAUAAAGCAGCCAUGCAUUGUGGAAGAAAUAUGUGAACCUUCUGGGACUGAGCAGAAAAAAGAUGUUGCAACUGUAGAAGAGGAAGAAGAUGAAGAGGCGCAGUCACACAAUGAGGAUCAUGAUGCAGAUGAUGAAGAUGAAAGCCACUUUGAUCCAUCAAAGAAAGAUGUAGAAGAGGAAGCUUUCCAAGCACCCUUGGGUGAACAGUCUUUUUUAGAGUUCGGUAUAGAAAAUAGUAACUCACCUCAGCCAGAUGUAUCAAACGGUACUCUAGUGAAGGUAGUAGAGCAGGAUGAAAAGUCACCAGAAGAAAAUGAACUUCCACAAGAAACACCAGAGCAGGUCAUUGGUCCUGAGGAUGUUCCCACAGAGGAAGUAGUGCCCGAGCUACCUCGUGAAGGCGGAGAUGGAUUGGAUAUUGACUCCGAAACUGCGCAAGCUGUUCAGUCUCUGACGCGUGAAAGUGAAGCAGAGGAGGAUGCAUACAGAGACUGUUCAGACUCCCAAGAAGCUUGUCAUAGUCUGCAAACGUAUGCCCAUAGCCCAGCAGCAAGUGCAACAGAGGAUUGCCAUAAGUCUGAUCACAGCAGCCCAGUGUCCUCUGUCCAUUCACAUCCAGGUCAUUCUGUUAGGUCAUCAAGUAGUCCAAGUGCCCCUGCUUUAGAGAAUACUUAUGCCCAGAUCAGCCCUGAUCAGACUGCUUUGCCUGUUCCAUCUUUGCAGAAUCUUGAGGCUAGUCCAAUGAUGGAUGUACCUUCUGUAUCUGACCACUCACAGCAGGUAGUGGACAGUGGAUUCAGUGACCUGGGAAGUAUUGAGAGCACCACUGAAACCUAUGAUAAUCCAAACAGUUAUGAUUCUGGUAUGGGAGGAAGUAAUUUACCCUCGCAAAACAGCUGCACGUAUAGCGGGGGAAUGACACCCGCCAACUUAACGCAAAGUAGCUGUGCUGUAACACAACAAAUAUCUGGAAUGAACAAUAACUGCAGCAUUAUUGGGUCUCCCCCUCCUAACCCCCCUUGCAAUGUUAAGUCUCCACAAGCUUGUGCAGUGGAAAGACCACCUAGUAGUGGCCAACAGCAGCAACUUACCCCUUGUGGAAUGGCAGGAACAGGUUUCACUUUGCCAGAUAUCUCAGAAACUGGUGGAAGUGGACUUGGUGGGCUUUAUGAUAGAAUGGGACAAGGGGACUUUGGAUCUGGACACUACCCACAGCCCACUGCCACAUUCAGCCUUGCCAAACUUCAGCAAUUAACAAACACCUUAAUGAAUCACUCCCUGCCUUACAGCCAUACCCAGGCCGUAACAUCCUAUGCAAAUGGUGCCUCCCUUUCCUCUCCUCUGAGCAACAUGGUGCAGCUUACCCAAAGUCCACACUCUGUUUCCCCACAGUCCCAAACAUCAAUGAAUAAUUCCCGAAAUCUCACACCUCCCCCUAUGAACUUGCCUCCACCACUCCUCCAGCGCAAUAUGUCCAAUGGACAAAUGGGGCUUUCACACGGUCAAAGGCUACAAACACAGAUGGCAGGCAAAACUCACAUGUCUAUGCGGACCAAAGUAUCUGCAUUGCCACCUGGAGCCUCUUCUGGGCCCCACCCACCACAGCUGUAUGGCCACCCCCCACCUCCACAGACUAUGGCCAUGCAGCCUCCUUCACGUUCUCUCACCAUGCAGCGUGGAAUGAAUAUGAGUGUCAAUCUAAUGCCAGCACCUGCUUACAAUGUCAAUCCGGUAAACACACUCAAUGCCAUGAGUGGCUACCGUGUAUCUCAGUCCAUGAUGAACAGUGGCUAUCAUAGCAACCAUGGAUAUAUGAAUCAGAGCCCUCAAUACCCAAUGCAAAUGGGCAUGAUGGGUAGCCAGCCUUAUGCACAGCAGUCGAUGCAGGCCAGCCCUCAUGGCAACAUGAUGUACUCAAGCCCAGGGCAUCAUGGGUACAUGAACUCGCAGAUGCCCAAACAGUCGCUUAACGGGUCAUACAUGAGGCGGUGAGCUGCCCUUACAGGUACCAGCAUACCAAACCCCUUUUCCUUAACACUGCAGCAGCUGCAUAAUGGAAUCUGCACUACAGAACCGAACACAGACUGAAAGCAGUCAUUGGAGACAGACUUAUUCCCUUGUCCUUGGUUUUUUACAUAAUUUCUUGUGCUUUUCAUUCCACUCUGCCAUUCAUUCUCGAUAUGCCAGUGACAAUUAGAUAUGUAAUUAUGUUUAUUUUAAUUUAUUUUGGUUCAUUUAUGUUGCAGUGAUGUUCAGGAACAUUUGUUGGUGCAUACAAAAAAAUGUUUUAGGCAGACCUUCAACAUCUGUAAUCCAUGUUGCUUCUUUCAGGAAUACACACUUUAGGCUUCAUUUCUUUUUUUUAAUCACUCUUCUCCCUUCUAGAUUUUUGAGACCUCAUUUUAUCUCUGCGUGCAUGUGAAUUUUUUUUUCUGGGCCCCAUGCAUUACCGUAUAUAACUUUUGUUCUCUCGUGAUUUUUAAAUCAGGUUUAAGUUAUUGAUAACGCAAAUUGUGCUACAAUUUUUUUGAUAGUUUUCUUGCAUUGUUGCACCCUUUUCAGGGUUAUUUUUUUAAUUACAGACUCUUAAUGAGAAAAUUGAGCAGUAUAGAUAGUUUCUAACCAAAAUGUUGCCUCUGGAAUAAACAUCUGUUGUCACUGAAGUGGAAUUAAAAUCAAGAUUUCUGGGCAAAAUGAAAAUGCAAUUGGACAUGGCUAAUUAUUUUUCUAAAGAAAAAAAUCAAGAAGAAUUUAUAAAGGAGCUCACUCAGAAAAGCUGAUGGGCAAGGGGCACAAACAUAAGUAUGUUAUGUUUGUGUUAUAUUCAAUUUAAAGUUUUGAAGAGGCUUUUAUGAGCCAUUCUAGGGAUCAUGAAGGAGCUGGGCAAGACCAGCCAGGCUAAAUUUGCCAUUUUUGUUUUUCAGUCUGUCCUUGAAGGAGCACAGUAUGAGAAAGUAUUAUUGCAGUAAUACUUCAGAAUGCAAAUUGAUAACAUUUGUUUAAUUCUUUUUUUAUUUUGAAAAAAAUAUACUUUUGAGGGUUUUUGUAGAUAAUGGCUACACUUGACACUUUAUCAAGCAAAGAUAUGGAAAUGUAUAAUUUUUUCCCCUCUUGCUUGCAUUGUGUGUUUUUUUUUUUGUUUUUUUUUUUGUUCCCAAUUUUCCUGCAUUUUUUUUUUGCUUAGAGGUACCUGGACUCCAGGCCUGUUCUUGUGUUCAUUCACUUUAGCAUCUCCUUAGAUAUGUCUUGGAGAGAUUUCAAAACCAGCAGCAAAUGUAAAAAUAUUUAAAUUAGUCACCUUUAGAAGAAAAAGUCCUUAACUGGCAUUUUUUUUUUUUAUCUUUCUCACUAGUUUUAUAUUGCACAAGUUGUCCUCUCACAUUCAGCUUAAAUAGUAGCUUUCAGCUUUUUUUGCCAGUCAAGAAGAAAAAUGUUCCAUCCACCUACAACAUCCACACACAUUUAAAAAACAUUUAUUUUUUUCUUCCGCCAACUCCAUACAAAGAUAUUGUCAUCAGUUGGGUUUCCUACCCAGUUGUCCCUUUCCUGUCCAAGUCUGUGUUUUGUUUUCAUUUGUUUGCUGGAAGUAAGCCUUACAAAGCAUGCUGCUUCUCUGUGGUGUGUGAGCUUUUUUUUUUUUUUACGUAGUAUUGUUACAAGUCCUGUGCUAAACUGUAAAGCCAUUGGUUAAUAUUUUGUUUUCUGAUAUUGGUCAGCCUUGUUUGAAAGUUAAAGGAAAAAAAUGAAAAUAUAUUUUUGUUAAUUAUGGAACUGUACAAAAUAUUAUAUUGUGUUAUUUGCAGGGUUCUGUCACCUAGAGGGAUCUCAAGUGUAUAUUUUCACACCCUAUCUAUGUAUGUGACCUUUUUUGUGUCUUUGCAAGACAUUCUUUUUUACUUGUGAAAAAGGUAAAUCACAAAAAAUAUUGCUGGAUACUGGAAAUACUUUUCACCUCGUGUUUGCCAAGAAGUCAUAAAAUGGACAUAUGGUUAAACGCAGUUGAAUUUGUUUUUGCGUUGCUAUUUUUUUUUUUUUUUAUGCCCUCUUUCAAUAUGAGGCCUCAAUUACAAGUUUUCAUUCCAUCUCUAGAUUUUCUAUCUUUGUAACAUACUGGAGUUAUUUUUUAAUAAAGUUUGAGAAAAAGAAUAAAUAAAAACCAAGAGCCGUAAUAUGGAAAUUGUUACCAAGCACCAUGACAAGAUGCAUGUAUAAUCUAUAUAUAUUUCCUAAAGGACAGAGUUGUGUCUAGAUAUUUUUGUUUUCUUAUCAUUGCCCCCUAUUUUUGUGUUUGUGGACAGAUGGACAGAAGCAGUUUAUGAUCUAGUAAUAAUUUUGGUGUUUUUGUUCGAAGUCUCUCAUUUGAAAAAAGUCAAAGCUGACAGAACACAGCUGUACAUUUUACUAAGAAAAAUAAAUUCUGAGGAGCCAUAUCUGAA